UCACCGCAGGGCCAAGGGGAGUCCAGGGAACGUGUCCGAAGCGGGUAGGGAUCCUGGAAACACCCUGGGAGUUGCUGGGAACCCCUCUGGGGAACUGAGACGGAGGUACAGCCGGGUCACAGCACUGUUGCCUCUUCCCCUUUCAGGACUGACGCGUUUGGGGGACACUCCGCAGAGGCCAGGGCUCCAGGGUUACAGCCAGGGGGGCUCUCCCUCAGCACAGCCGUGGGGGCCUUCCAGGGGGACAGCUCAAGGGCUCUUAAAGGCUAAAUAAAAAAAAUAAAAAAAAAACCCAAAACCAAACCAACUCUCUGAGCUGCUAUUGGAAAGAAGAAGUGAAAUCUGGAGCUCCUGCCGGGGGGGUUGCACAGGCGCUCCCCUCCCCGAGGACCUCAGCUGAACCCUGCUCCUGCCCCUGCCUGUGGCCGUGACUCCGGGGGUUCCCGGCUGUGGCAGCGCCUGUCCGCAGGCCGGGCGGGCAGCGCGGGGCUCGGGGGGGCUGGCGGGGAGCUGUCCCCGGCCGGGGCCGGCGGGGAAGCCCCGGAGCGGGCGGCCCAACGCCCCUUCCUGGGCGGGAACGGACCGAGGUGUUCUUAGGCGGGCGGCGGCGGCCGGGACGCAGCGCCAUGGACCGACUGGGGCUUUUGGGACUGCUCUGCGCGGCGCUGCUGGGCUGCUGGGAGCCUGGUGAUGCCUUAACAUGCUUCGAUAAGCAGUAUAUAUACAAGGGCAGAUGCUGCAACCGGUGUCAGCCAGGGGAAAAGCUGGUCUCUGAGUGCAGUGAAACAGAAGACUCUGUCUGUACCCACUGUGAGCCUGGACACUAUCAGCCAACCUGGACCAAGGAGAAACACUGUGCUCCUCAUGAUAUCUGUGAAGGCAAUGCUGGCCUUGCUGUGAAGAUGCAAGGAAAUGCAACACACAACACAGUGUGCCAAUGCCAGGCUGGCAUGCACUGCUCUGACAUCAGCUGCCAGACCUGCGUGGAGAACCAGCCGUGCCAGCUUGGCUCUGGCUUUGUGGCAGCCAAGGCCAUGGAGCGGAUCUCAUCCCCCUGUGAACCCUGCACAGAAGGCACCUUUUCCAACGUCUCUUCUAAAACCGAACCAUGCCACCCCUGGACAAGUUGUGAGGAAAAGGGGUUGGUGGUGAAGGUGAAAGGGACGAACUCCUCGGAUGUGAUCUGUGAGUCGAGCAGGCGCUCCUGGCUGUCAGUGCUGAUCCCCAUCACGGCUGCAGUUUUCACAUGCCUCGUGGGUAUCUGCAUCUACUGCCUGGUCCACACAGAUUCCAGGCGACGGGUGCCAAAGGAGAUAGAGGCUGGGGAGCCCGGAGAGAACUCAGAUACCCAGCAGCCCACGGAGCAGGAUGAGAAUGUCUUGCCUGUGCAGGAGACCCUGCUCAGGGGCCAGCCUGUGGCUCAGGAGGAUGGCAAGGAGAGCCGCAUGUCAGAGCAGGAGAUGCUGUGAAGGUGCAGAGCACUGCCUCUGAGAGGAGCACAGACUGGAGACCAGCACCAUCUCCUCUGUCCCCUCUCCACCUGGGGAGGAAAUCUCGCAUCUGGCCUGGCUGUAAAUGAUGUGAUGCUGCAGUGGACCAAGGAGUGACCACCCCACGGGAAUACCACUCCAACUCCUGAUCUGGUCACCUGCACAGGGCUGCCCUGGUGGAGCAAGGCUUGGCUUCCCCUAUGGGGACAUGGGACAGAGCCCCAUCCUGCUUCCUGCCCAGGUGAUGCAAUGAAGCCCAGC